AUGGCUGGCAGACAGGCUGUGAAAGCAUACUUAGAUCUCGUGUCUCAGGCCUGCAGGGCUAUACUAAUAUUCCUCAAAGACAACAAAAUACCACAUACAGUGGAGAACAUUGCCAUACGAAAAGGAGAGCAGAAAACACCCGAGUUCACCAAACUCAACCCCAUGCAAAAACUGCCCGUGUUGGUGGACAAUGGCUUUGUUCUCACUGAGAGUGAUGCCAUAUUGAAGUAUCUGGCGACAGCCUACAAUGUCCCUGAUCACUGGUACCCCAAACUGCCAGAGAAGAGAGCCCGAGUGGAUGAGUACACAGCCUGGAAUCACGCCAACACACGCACACACAUUUCCUCCGUCUUCUUGCAUGAGGUAGGGUUUGAUGUUUUACUUCCACGCAUGGGACAGCAGACAAAUCCGGAGAAGCUUGAAAAGGCGCUGGCAGACCUGGAUGGCACACUAGACAAGCUGGAAAACAUGUUUCUGAAGAACCAGGCCUUCCUGUGCGGUGAUGACAUCUCAUUGGCUGACCUGUUAGCAGUUUGUGAGCUCAUGCAGCCCCUGUGUGGCGGGAGGGACAUUCUGAAGGACAGACCCAAACUGCUGAGCUGGAGGAGACGAGUCCAGUCAGCGCUCUCGGACUCCUUUGAUGAAGCUCAUUCUGUUGUCUAUCAAAUAAGGGAGAAAUUCACAGCUAAACUGUCUCCCUGUUCAAAACAAGCCACUCUGUAA